ACGAGCUUUGCUUUCAACUCGUACCAAACAUUUCAUCCGAGAUGGAUGAAUCUCGAAAUCAUACAAGCGCGCCCGCUCAUCGAGCGAAGAAGAUGCGGAAGGGAACCCGAAGCUGUACUGAAUGUAGAAGACGUAAAACACGGUGUAUUUAUUCGCCCGGAGAUCGCGACUGCGCCUUGUGCAAAUCGCGUGGUGCCCGCUGUAUUGAACAAGGUAGCGAAGGUUCGAGCUCUUCGGAAUCGAAGCCAAAUAGUCUUCGUAAACACCAUGAUAAUGAGAGAAGAUCCAAAAUCCGAGCUGGAUCUUCUAUUGAUCAGCCCGAUAAUCUCUUUGAAGAUGCGGAGACAUCCGAUCUCAUACUGCCAGAAAAGAUCGACUCUGCACCGAUCGUGUCCUUGCUAAUCAAUGCCAAGCUUUCUAAAUUAGCAGAAAUCGAAACGGCCGAGUCUUCCGUUUUGCUGUCAACGGGUAGCGAAUCGACUUACCCUCGACUUUCAGACAGAGGUCAAAAUCUGCGACUUUCUUUUGAUGACCCUCUCGGUAGCAAAUCCGCACGUAUAUGCUCCACUUUACGUUCAAUUCUACCGAACUAUGACACGAUAAGGUCUGUCUUAGCUGCGAAGGGGUCGUGGUGGAACAGCUUCCGUCAAAAAGCAUACGCCAUUUCUGAAGCCCCGUCUCAGACAAUCGAGGCCUUUGCAAAGCGAACUUAUACAAGCAGCAACCCGGCCGAUGUAGGUGCUCUCGCCAUUGCAUUUGCGAGGAGCUUAAAUAAGCACCGUUAUAUGUUUACCCUUGUAGAUGAACUUGUAAUCUCAGAUAUUACCUAUACAGCAACUAUAGAAGGCUUGGAAUGCCUGAUACUGCUUGCUAAAUCGUAUACUGAUUGCGGCCAGCCAAAAAGAUCAUGGCUUGUAUGGAAGAAGGGCAUAGCUGCAAUUCAGCUGAUGGGCAUAUGCAUUGGAAACAACUAUUCUGGGACAGAGCUGAGGCUCUGGUCUGCAGUUUAUCAUGGCGAUCGAUUUAGUAGUAUGCUACUAGGCCUGCCUUAUGGGCUGAACGACAACCAUUAUCAAUCUGCUAUUACAGCACCCGGAAUGUCCCAAGGAUUUUAUUUCGUUCUCAACUGUGCAGUCAUUUCCGGAAAGAUAAUUGAUCGAAAUUUGACUCCCAGCAAGCCUUCUUACGCGAAAGCGAUAGAGCUGGAUGAAGAAUUGGAAUCGAUCGCGUCGUCCCUAUCCAAGGAUUGGUGGAUGAUCCCGAAUGAUCUAGGACAAUCACUACAGCCACUCGAGUCUGACAAUCUCAGAGAACAGCUAUUACAGCAAUUAUACUUCUUUUGGGUCAAGCUAUAUCUUCACUUGCCAUUUUUAGUAGACUCAUCGGUGGGUUCACCCCAUUACUUUAGCAGAAUGGCUUGUAUAGAAUCGGCAAAACAGAUCUUGAGGAGAUAUCGGGUUUUGCGCUACAGGAACAAGUCGGGCAACUGUUUAUUCGAAUGCCAGACAACGGAUUUUGCUUGUUUCACUGCCGCUGUAGUUCUUCUUGUUGGGACUUUCCAUUGCAGCGCUGAAGGUCUGUCGCCAAACGUCGAAGAAGAUCUGGAGCUGGUGGCCGCUACCGACAAGAUUUUACUCGAUGAAGAGGUCAAGAGCGACUGCAAAGUUGCAGCACAGUGUCGAAAGGUGCUUGAAAUGCUCAGUUUGAAAGGGCCCGAGCCAUCGGACGAAUACCGGGAAGUUGUGAUACCGUAUUUUGGCGCAGUGAUUCGCAAACGUUCUCGCCACACACAGUCCAUUAAUUCCCGGAAUCUAUUGCAAUCAGUCGGCUAUAACGUUGAUGAAAACUCUGUCCCGCCUCCUCGGCCUGCUCCUCCUCCUCUUCCUUAUUAUUCAGCCGAUCCAGGAGCUAAUGUCCCGGUUGUGGAAAAUCCAUGGAGUUUAAAUGGAUUUUCGCUACAGUAUAUUAGCCAUCGCGGACUUGACCGGGCCAAUCUCGGCGGGUUUAUGGGAGGCGCCGAAGUGGGGUCCGCUCAAGAUGAGUUCCAUUGCGCCUCGGCAGCAAUGGAGUGGGACCCAGGUUGGAACGUUCUCACCGACAUCGACUGGGACCUGAUGCCCGGCAUUGAUGAAACUGUCUCCUGAGGAUUUCAUUGACUUCUAGCAACUCCUGGAUACUUUGUACAUUGUACCUAGCCUCAAGGCAGCAUUAUACCGUAAU